AUGGACUUCGAACAGUAUGGGCAGAAUUCCCAACAACCUCGACAACGGAGAAGAAGAGCCGGAAAGCGGCGAUUGAACAAUAAGGCACCCAUCGCAGCACGGUUGGCCCUAGACCCCCAACUGCGCGGGAAAGUCGGCAUAGUAUCCGAGGAUCUAGCGAAUGACCUCUUCCAGCAGCAGGCCCUCCAAGAUGUCACGACUUCUGACGAUGGAGUACUUUAUGUUGCAAUUGCCCCGCAUACGCCCACUUAUACCUCGGUGGAAGAUCAGGCCUGGACGAUACUCCCCGUGCGCAUCCAGCCAACAGAGAGAUCGCCGGUUCCAAUGUCACACUCGACUGUGCUGUUUCCCGAAUCGGCAGACUCACUUCAGCCUUUCCUCCAGGCUUUGGGAAAAGUUGACUCGUCACGCAACUCCAUACAGGCACACCGUUCCAUAGAGAUUCGGAUUCUGGAUGUCGCCCCAAUUCAUCUCGAUACAAUCUUUGUGACCGUUGAGCGACAUCUACUCCGCAAUCAUGAUGAUGUUCAGAGCAAAUUUAGCGGUGGAUUCACGAAUGGGCAAGGGCCGAAUGGACUCUGGGGGAAGUCGGGGAACUCGGUAGAAGCCAAGAAGCAUUCGAAAAGGGCUGCAGCGGAUGCCGAACAGCGUCUCACUGCAGCAGUUCGUGAAGCAUUGGGAGCUCAGCGCAUUGUGCAUACCGGAGACGUGCUGCCCCUUCCACUCCCUUCUCAUCCCAUAACUUACGCGCCACCACCACCUGCGCGAAUCUCAUUUUGCGAGCCCGUUUCGCAAGGUUUGCUGAUGUCGACGACAAAGAUUGUGCUUGUCCAGGCUCGCUCUCAAGGACUCCGCGCUCAACAAACUGUGCCCUCGAAGUCUGCGCUUCUGAAGCAAGUGGCCGAGGACGAAGCUGAUGACACUUCCAACGAACAAUUCUAUUCUGCAGCCGAAGAUAAGCCUGGCGAAAGUGGGACAGAAAUGGAAGUAACGUCAGCUGCAGAAGAGUCAGAAACAGAGGGCUCAGCAGGAUCCAUGAGUGACUCUUCGGAUGAUUCUCUGGAAGACAUGAUUUCUCUCAGUGCGCCUGAAUUGCCGCAGCCACCAUCGGGGAUGAUGUCUUCUUUGACUUCGGCGACCCCUAGAGCCGGCGCCACCAUGCGCCCUGGUCAUGGCGGAGGCAAGACCUUCAAGGUGGAAGGUCUCCUGCAACAAGUCCCAAAUGAGGUGCUGCACCCCCGACCUCGAGACGAUGAAGACGUCGACUCCUUUGUCUUUGUAGAUAUCAAUACGCUCGCCAAGAUUGGAUGCUUUUCCGGUGAUUGGGUCAGAAUCGAAGCUGCCGAGGAGCCCCAGCUGAACAUGUUUGCCUCGCUCAAAUUUGGAAGUUUCAACGACUCCCCUGAAGACGCGGGCGAUUGGCGCCCAGUUAAGAUUUUUGGUCUUUCGGGUCUUCCGUCCUCUAAGCCACGGUAUGCCAUUAAUCACUCAGGUGAACGCCGGUCCAGUGUUUCGCAACGCGCACCCACCCGCUUGACCCCUUCAGUUUUCGUUCCCCCGUUGCUUCUUGGCAAUAUUGAAAAUCCCAAGUACCUGCGGAUCUCUCCCAUGAUCUUCGCUACUCCUAAUGGCUCCUCCAAACCUGGUCUCUUGCAUCAGAUGAAGAACACUGCUGCUAAGAACCCGCCUUUGGCGAAAGAGGUUACACUGCUCAAGGUUUCCACUCCCCUCUCGAUGGACCGGGUCCUUCAACCGGCGCUAUUUGCAGGAUUGAAGCAGUACUUCGAAUCACGCCGGCGUAUCCUUAAAAGUGGUGAUUUGGUCGGAAUUAGCGUGGACGAAGGACUUGGCAGAGCGGUGUUCUCUGGCACCGCUGGCGGUGACAGUGCUAGUCAGGAGGAAGACAUCACUAUCCGGCUGGGCCAAGGCGUCAAUGCAAAUAAUGCCGGGGCCCGCAAAAUCGGCGUCGCUUGGUUCCGUGUCGGACAGGUAGCCCCGACUACUGUAGAGGAGAUGGAGGAGACAGGCGAAGAUCAGUGGGGCGGAGUUGCUGUACUAGACCCGGCGACUACGCGCAUGGUACAGGCUGGAAGCGAUGUGAGCCGAGUUCCUGGCGUGUUGGGCAAUGGGUGGGAGUAUUGGCUGGGCGUCAAGACGAUCCCAAAGAGCGUCCAUGAUGUCCCGACGGCUCAUGGCAUUGUUGCUGAUCCACCUCAGUCCUUUAUACCAUCAUUGCAGCAGCGAAUCCGUGAUCUGAUGUCUGCUGCCACAAGCCCGCGGGCUAUUCAGCUAGGCAUGAAGCCUGUCUUCAUUCUCCUUAGAUCCCAGCAAAGGCAUAUAGGCAAGGCAACCAUUGCAACUCGAGCGUGCUCAGACAUCGGCCUGCACACAUUUCCCAUCGAUGCGUACGAUAUCUUGACAGAAGGCGGCGCGAAUGGUGGCGAUGUCAAGACCGAAGCAUAUCUCAAAGCCCGAGCAGAACGGGCUUUCCACUGCGGAGCAAACUGCACCGCAUUGCUGAUUAGGCAUAUCGAAGUUUUAACCGCCGAUCGCAUUGUCACAGCAAUGAGUGAUGUCUUGAACGAUGCCAGAGUUGUCAUUGCGACUACCACUGAUGUUGAAACCAUCCCCGAAGGUAUCCGCAGCCUUAUCACCCAUGAGUUUGAGAUGGGUGCCCCGGAGGAGAAAGAGCGCGAAGGCAUUCUGCGAAAUGCCGUCGCAGAGCGCAGUAUCAGACUGUCCGCGGACGUGGAACUGGGCACCAUUGCUCUGAAGACCGCAGCUCUUGUUGCAGGAGAUUUGGUUGACGUUGUGGAACGGGCUGCCGGGGCGAGAACAGCUCGCCUCGAAAGUCUGGCCGAGGCUAGCAAGAAGCUUUCCGGAUCAGAAGUCUUUGUCAGAGACGUCCUGCUGGCAGGAGGCGACGGUGCACGAGGUGUCACCAAGGCAGACUUUGACGCCGCUGUAGAAGCUGCGCGGAAGAACUUUGCCGAUUCAAUCGGCGCACCUAAGAUUCCAAACGUUGGCUGGGAUGAUGUUGGUGGGUUGACUAACGUUAAGGAUGCCUUGGUCGAGACCAUUCAGCUGCCGCUCGAACGACCCGAGCUCUUCGCCAAGGGAAUGAAGAAGCGCAGUGGUAUCUUGUUCUAUGGCCCGCCCGGCACCGGAAAGACCCUCCUCGCAAAGGCCAUUGCCACUGAGUUCUCUCUUAACUUCUUCUCCGUAAAGGGCCCUGAAUUGCUUAAUAUGUAUAUUGGUGAAUCCGAGGCAAACGUGCGUCGAGUAUUCCAACGCGCUCGGGAUGCUCGUCCCUGCGUUGUGUUCUUUGAUGAGUUGGAUUCCGUUGCGCCCAAGCGUGGUAACCAGGGAGACAGCGGUGGUGUUAUGGACCGUAUCGUCAGUCAGCUGCUCGCAGAGCUGGAUGGAAUGAACGGCGGCGAGGAGAAUAGCGGUGGAGUGUUCGUCAUUGGUGCGACUAACCGUCCCGAUCUGCUUGACACUGCGCUCCUCCGCCCCGGUCGCUUCGACAAGAUGCUCUACCUGGGCGUGUCAGAUACACAUAGGAAGCAGUCCACUAUCCUUGAGGCUUUGACGCGGAAGUUCGCUCUCCAACCCGAUGUCUCACUUGACCGCGUUGCGGAACAGCUUCCUUUGACUUAUACUGGUGCUGAUCUGUAUGCACUCUGUUCUGAUGCCAUGCUAAAAGCUAUCACCCGAAAGGCCACCGCGGUCGAUGAGAAAAUCAAGUCUCUGCCAAAUGGUCCAGUCAGCACUGCUUGGUUCUUUGACCAUCUCGCCACGAAGGAAGAUGUGAAUGUGAUGGUAACAGAGGGAGAUUUCCUGUCUGCUCAAGGAGAGCUUGUGCCAAGUGUUAGUGCCAAGGAACUUGAACAUUUCGAGCGCAUCCGUCAAACCUUCGAAGCAGUGGACAAGUCAAAGCAAGACUCCACCGCUGCCGCGCCACAGACAAUAGCGGAGGCAAUGGAGGCAUUUAACCAGGGCGGCUCGGCCAUACCAGAAGAGGCACCGGCCACGAAUGGUGACAGUAAUACAACCGAGAGUCUUCCCGGUCGUAUCAAAGGCAUGACCAAAUGGCCAGGCAACGUUGUCCGCAGUGCCAGCGGCCAGUCAACAACCAGCAGCAAAGGCAAAGGAAGGAGCGUCAGCAAGAAGGGAAAGUCCCGCACCGGUGCGGAAUCUGAUGGAUCUGUUGACGGCGACGAUGAGGACAUGGCAAAUAGUGCCAGUGCCCAAGAUGAUGAAGACGAGGAUGAUUUCGUCGUUCGGACUGAUCACUUGAUGAACCCCAUGGAGGAGGUUGAAUAG